AUGCUUGAUGGUAAUCAGAACUCGGAUGCGCCAUGGGUACCAAUUCAAUAUGAUGCGCCAUCGCUGGGGCAUAAGAGAAUGAUGGAGAAGCUCAAUCAAGCUAUCGAACCUCCACCGCAAAUCCAACGUGAAAAUCGCUACCAGACGACAUAUCAGACGAGUCAGCCCAAUUGGCAAUAUAAGAUGAGAGAAGAAACAAAGAAGAAAUAA